AAGGUUUAAUAUAAAUAAUAAGAUAAUAGGUUCCUGGAGUGUGCUAAUUGCUGCCAGGAUUAUUUAACUACAUAGGAGCAUGAGGGGUGACUCACAGGACCUACCUGACCUCUUCCCCAGAAUGCACUGAUCAUCCAGGAACAAGCUUGGGCGGCAUAAUUGUAUCUGAUUGGUGUCAAACCUCCCCGUUGGCCCCGCGGCCUGUCCUUCCUGGGCCAUGUCGACUGUAGGUCGGCUAUCUGUCGAUGCUGCAGUUCGGGAGGAUGAUUGGGAAUUGACAGGCGCUUGGCGACGUCUGGCUCGCGAGGUUCCGAUAGCUUCACGCCGGCGUCUAGUACGUUCGGCGUCGUUUCGUAGGGUAGGCCCGUCGCGGCCAGGUGUAUCUUGCGUAGGAUCCGAAUCGUAUCGAUCCGACGUGUGUUGGAAGCAAUUCGAAACUGUAAGGCGGGAUAUGUCGGUACGAUGGCUAUACAACAAGAAUGCGCACUGGCUACUGCAGGCCUAGGGAAAGUAGGUAUGGAGGAGAAGUAACGAAUUGCUUGAGGUCCUAGUAUCUGCUUAGGACUAGGCUAUAUCAGAGGUCCUGCGGCAGAGCAAGGUGCUCUGCUGUAGAUCCCUGUUGUCAUGGUCUGACAUGGCAUGGGUCGUAGGGAGUUGCUCAAUAUAGCCUAGCGUAGGAGCCUGAGGGUAGCCUGAAGGCUUUGUAAGCGACCGCUCGGAGGUCGGCCUUACACCCAGUGCCACGAUCAAGGAGGAAUAUCAGCACCAUAUUACCACCAUCAACACUGCAACCACCUUCUGUAACGUAGAGGAAGGCGCAUCUACUCCACAGACCGCGUUGCCGCGCAAGUAUCCUGCAAAAGGAUAAGGCUUCGUCUCCAGCUGGCUAAAAUACUAAGAGGCUGAAAGACUUCAAUAAAGGAGGGAUUAAGUUA